UAUAAUCCGUAUUCCGUAAAUUAUUUCAACUAAAAGCAAGUAUGGGAAUGUUAACUCUAUAUUAUUGUGACAUCUUAAUUUAAAUAAGUAAAUGUACCUUAAUAUAUUUAGUUGAUAAUAAGUUAUAAUUUAAUUGAAAAUGAGUGAUAAUAUCAAAGUUGUUGUCAAAGUCCGGCCACUUAUUUCCCGUGAAAUAGAUGACAAGCUUGGCUACCAAUGGCGCGUAAACAAUAAUACACUCUAUCAAAUAGAUCAAAAUGGAAAAGAUUGUGGACAAUAUUAUACUUUUGACAAAGUAUACGAUAAAGAUACGAAAACUGGUGAUGUAUAUAAUGAUAUUGCGAAACCCAUUGUCGAAGCUGCGACUGCUGGAUUCAAUGGCACCAUUUUCGCAUACGGCCAGACUUCUUCAGGCAAAACCUACACCAUGGCUGGCACUAAAGAGGCACCCGGUAUAAUACCGCUGGCUGUUAUAAAUUUAUUUGAUAUUAUAAAAAAUAUUCCAGACAGAGACUUCUUAGUGAGAGUGUCUUAUGUUGAAAUAUAUAAUGAAACAUUAACAGACUUACUAGAUUUGAGGAAGAAUAUUAAAAUAAUGGAGACAUUACAAGGUGUUAAAGUUGACGCUACUGAAAAAGUGACCACAUCACCUGAGGAAGUGCUAGAAGUUAUGAGAACGGGUAAAGCCAAUAGACAAACCGGUGCAACAAAUAUGAAUGAAGAAAGCAGUAGAUCACAUUCCAUCUUUCAAAUUACCAUAGAAUCGCGUGAACAUAUCGAAGGUGAAGAAGAAGUGGGUUCAGUGAAUGUAUCUCAGUUAAAUCUCGUUGAUCUGGCUGGGUCUGAACGAUCUGGUCAAACAGGAGCUACAGGCAUACGUUUUAAAGAAGGCACACACAUAAACAAGUCCUUGUCUUCACUAGCCUUAGUUAUUAAGCAAUUAUCAGAAGAUCCCAAUAAGCAUGUAAACUACCGUGAUAGUAAACUAACACGAAUACUUCAAAACUCCCUCGGGGGUAAUGCUAAAACAAGUAUUAUUUGUGCAGUGACCCCUGCUGCCGUCGAGGAAACAAUAUCUACAUUACAAUUCGCUAACAGAGCUAAAGCAAUCAAAAACAACCCGGCAGUUAACGCCGUGGCCACCAAUGUGACAAUGAUCCAGACGUUAACAAAACAAUUAUCAGCACUUAAGACUCAACUCGAGAGCAAAAAGAAUGUCGAGCAAGAUAACUACAACCUACAAAAGCAGAUAGGUGGCUUACAAAGAUUGAUCCUGAAUGGAUUCGCCCAAAGAAGCAGCACAGAUCUCAGCGGAGCUCGAAGGAAACUCCUUCAGCCGAGACGAGUUACAAUAUCAACGUUGCAUCCAAUACAAGAAGAUCCAGUUCCGUCAAUACCAAAGUUUUGUACUCCCAGUUUAAAAUAUAAUCCUAUGUCAAUAGCGAGCGCAUCAGACUUUGUACCUAUUCAAAACGUAUCGAGUCUACCGAGUGUGUCAGAAGAGCUGCGUCUGAUCACUCCUCCACCGACUGAAAGGAAGGUCAAUUUUAAUAACGAAAUUAUUGAAAUAGAUAGCGAUGACGACAACUCAACAGACAUACAGACUUGUUCGCCAUAUCACAAAUGUUACCAGUCAUCAAAAACUCCACCUUGUGUUCUUAGAAAGAAUGCUAAGUUAGCAGAGAAGAAUUUUAAAGACAUUGUUGAACUGACAGAGAGAGAAAAGAUAUACACACCUAAUAUCGUUGAACUAAUGGAAAAGUUGGAAAGCAAAUCAACAAGGAUAGCAAAGUUGGAAGACGAAAUUCAUAAACUUGGUAGAUUGAGUAAUGACAAGGAUUUAGAAAUGGAAAAGCUUAAGUGUAAUAUUACUAAAAUGGAAGAUGAAAUAAAAAACGUGACUUCUGCGAAGGCAGAUCUUGAAGCAGUAUGUAAGGACUAUAACACGAAACUAACAGAUUGGGAAGUCAGUUACGAGACCUUGAAGAAAAAGGCCAAAACUAGAGAAGAUGAACUACUUUCUCUUUUGCAAGAACAUGAAGCUAAGAAAAAAUAUGAGAAAAUUGGUAAAUUAGCAUCAAAAGAAAGAGAAUUAACAAGCUUCAUGGACCUGUCCAGAGAUAUAUCUUUAGUCAAUAGUGAUAUUGAAAACAGUAUUAUAAAUAUAGAAGAAGGAACGACAUUUCAAGUUCACCAUACAAAAAAUAAUGAUAUUGAACUAUCUGUCCAAGAUCAAACAAUUUUAGACUUAAAAUUAGAUUUACAGUCACAAAAAUCAAAAAUAGACAGCUUAGAAACUAUAAACAAAGAAUUACAGGAAAUCAUUUCUAGUUACAAAGAAAAACUUACGGACUUAGAAAAUGAAAAUUCUUUACAUAUAUCAACCAUUGAUAAAUUAAAUAAUAACAUUGAAAGUCAAAAAACAGUAUUAGAAACAAUUAAUGCGGACAUUGAUUCCUACAAUAGUGUAAUUCAAGAGUUGCAAAUUAAAUUAGCUAAAAAGGAAAAUGUCACUGAAAACGUUGACUCUGAGUUAGAAGCAAUGAUAACAAAGGAGGAAAUGUUCAUAGCAAAUAACGAAAACAUUAAAAAUAUUAUACAGUCACUAAAAGCUGCCCUCUAUGCUCGAAACGAAGAGAUAAAAGAAUUAAAAUCAUCUCUUGAUAAAGGCAAAACACAAGAAAUGUAUACUAUGGAAGAAGAAUGUGAAAACAAGAAAAAAGAAAUUUCUAUACUCACACAAGAAGUUGAACGCCUGAAAACUCAGUCGAAUGAAAAUGUCGGUAUUUUUGAUAAAUUACUUGAAGAAAAAAAUAACUUGUUACAUAUGGAACAGCAGCUUCAAAUAAAAAAUAAUGAAAUCCAAAAAGAAAAGGAAUUGCUUGAUGAAACAAUUGCACAACAUAUAAUUGAAAUAAAGGAGUUAAAAAAUUGUAAAGAACAAUUGAAUAUUCAUUUAGAAGAAAAAGACCGAGAAAUAUUAUCUGUUAAAGAAAGUAAAGACAAGGAAAUAAGAACUAUGUCAUUAAAGAUUAUAGACUUAGAAGAGAAUAUCAAAGUAAAAGACGAAAUUAUUACAUCACUACAAAAACACGAAAUUGAUAAUCAAGAAAAUCUAAAUAAAGUCCAAUCAAAUAUACACAAAUUCAACAAAAUAAUGGUUUUAUUCACAGGAAAUAUACUAGCAGUCCCAGAAAAAAUAAACGAUUUAGUUUCAGCGCUUAAUACAUUAAGUGAUAAUUUAUCGUCUUUGGAGACGCUCGCCACAGACACUAUCACACAAAAAAAAAUAGUAGUUACUUUAUUAGAGCAAAGAGAAACAGAAUUAGGACAUCUUCAAUCACAUAUUAAUGAUCUCAGCAAAGCUGUAGAUUGUUUUUAUAAGGAAUAUGAAACCUUAACGGGUAUUAAUCACAAAAACGGAACAUACAGUAAAGAUUCAAACGAACCGCAAAAUAUAAAUACAAAUUCCAUCGAAAGUUUAAAAAGUAACAUAAUGAAUCUCAUUGCUGUUAUAAAAUUGACGCAAAUUAGCAUUAAUCAAACUUUACGUGAUAAAGAAACAGAACUACAUGAAUUAAAUUCAAAGUAUGAAAGUAAAGAAAUAGAACUAGAAAAAGAAUGCGAUAAAGUUACAAAAUAUAUGCAGGAAAUCGAAGAUUUAACAAAAGAACGGGAUAACUUAUUACAAAAUAUUCUACGGAAAAUCACAGUAUUGACAUCUGAAUGUAAUGUCGAAAAUACUUUAUCCUGUCAGUUUAGCAGUAAUCCUCAACAUGUGUAUGAACAAAUUAUUUUAACUUUGGAUAAAAUAGGCAACCAUAUAUCCAUGUUAAAUUCAGUACGUGAAGCAAAAUACGACAACAUCGAAAGCACAUUAUUGGAAGCUAAAACUGAAAUAAUGAAAUUGACAGAAGAAAAUAUUAAAUUAAUUCAAGAUAUUUCAAACUUAGAAAGCAGCAAUAAAACAUUAACAAGUGAUAUCAAAAAGAUUCAAGAUGAUAGUAAGAGCUUAACAAUAGAUUUACAAAUAAGUCAUAAUCUUAUAAACCAGAUGCAACAAGACUUGACAACAAAGAGCAGUGAAAUAGAACUUGUGGAAGCGAAAGCUAUAGAAUGGAAGGAAAAGUUUACAAAUCUCGAACUUAUAAAGAAACAACAAAUAGAAUUGUUAGAAAAUGAAAAUAUAGAACUCAAGUCCAAAUUUUCGGGAUUACAAUUACAAAAUAGGCAAGAGUAUACUACGGCAUCUUUAAAAUCAAAUCAACAUUCCACAAAGAAGUCCAAUGUUUAUACAGACAUUAACUCACCACCCAGUCUACUAAAAAUUUGCUGUGAAAGCAUAAUUGAUGCGUUUUCGCCUAAUGAAGAUGACGAAACAAUUAGUUCUGCAAGCUCUUCUAUAGACGAAAUUAAAAAUAGACCUUGCGUUAUGAAAAUAUCCCAAUGUGAAAAAGACUUGGACAUCUUGAAAGACAGCAAUAUGAAAUUAAUGGUAAAACUAAAACAAUUAGAAAAUGAAAACGAAUAUCUUAAUAAGGAACGAAAAGAAGUACAAAAAGAGGUACAGUUACUUGUAGAAAAUAUAUACGAAUUACAGAAAAAAAUAGUUAAUCAUCGAACUAAUUUGUCCACUUUGACCGCAACUACGUAUGCUGAAAAUAGGUCUUUAAGCUCUCAAGUAAAAUUCUUGCAACAUCAUCAUAAUAGAUUCCAUAUCGUAUGCCAAAGAGAUAUACCAGAUUUUAAAAACCAAUUGCAGGAUCUGCUAAUUUUGUUAAAAUCGGAACAUUUAGGCAAACUAAAUGAGAGUUUAAAACGCUAUUCACUUCCAAAUGCAUUAGAGACAGUUGCGUUACAUUCGCCACUCAUAAACGAGUCGAUGAUUGAUGGUGAUCUUUUAAUGUUAGAUACCAACGUUACUUUAACCACUUGUGAUAAUACUCUAAUUUCUCAUGAUCAAACAUGUUUUGAUGUAACUCAGGUUUGUACGUAUAAUGAGGUAGCAUGUCAAACUAAUACUACUGAAAUUUCUAACAGUAAUUUGUCAUAUCCUCAGAUGAAUGUACAAUCGCUUGAUGAGACCAAAAUAUUAAAGACUUUAGAAUCUCUCAAGAAAGAAAAUCAAAAGUUACGGGAUGUUGUUGAUGAAUAUUUGCAAAAUAAAAAAUCCAAAUGUCUAUCAGAUGCCCAAAGUAGUCCCAUUAAAAUAUCUGUUAAAUGUAAUGAUCCUAUUGAAAAUAGUCAAGAUCUAGAGUCAUGUAAUAACUGUACGCAUAUUUUAGAAAAAAUGAAAAUUCAAAAAGAAUCGUACGAAAGUGAAAUUGAGUUAAUGACAAUUAAAAUGACGGAUCUUGAAUCACAAAAAGUUGAUAUUGAGACGAAGUACCAAAAUCUAUCUUUAGAAAUUCCUUCAUCCGAACUGUUAAUACGCAAAUUAGGUACCUUAGAAAAAGAUAAUUGGCAAAAACAAAAUGAAAUUGAUAAACUAAAUUCCACAUUAGAUAAAAAAUGUGCAGAACUUAAAACCUUGCAAGAAGAAAAUGAUCUUUUAUCGAAUCAAAUAAUUGAAAGUAUUUCUGAGGUAGAUGACCUUAAAAAGGAACAUGAUUUAUUAAAAGAAAUAAAUAUUAAUCUAAAUGAUAAGUUUUCUCAGCUAGAGAGAGAAAUCGAGCAGUUAAAGUAUGAGAACUCUACUGAAAGGCCAACGACGUGUAUGGAAUGUACAGUUAAAAAUGAAAUUAUAAGCACUUUAAAGAGCAAUGUCACAAAUUCCCACCAAAAAUUAGACAGAAGCUAUAGCGAUUCCGAUAGUUCAUCAAGGUAUAACAAAAUCUGUACGUUACAAAAUGAGUUACAUGCCGGCAAAGAAGAUUGCAUAGAAUUAAAAGAACAAGUCACUACAAUUAAAAACCACUUAGAGCGUAGUAAUCUAUCUAUGGGUCAUGCUAUGGAUUUAGAUGACAGCAUUGGCGAUUCACAUAUAUGUUCGUUUAAUGAAGAUUUCGACAACAUUAAGUCGAACAUUAACAAGUAUAAUAUGCCUGACAUCCCAGAAGAACGUCCUUUAGAUAACCAUACAAUAGAUAAACUUGAUUGUUUUAAUUUCUAUCUUGAAAAAACAGCUGCGGAUAAAAAUACUCUAAACUGUGAUGGUAAAAUAAUAGAUGUCAUGAAAAUGCUGUAUGAAAAUAUAGAAAAUAAACAUGCAAAUGAAAUUGAAAAUUUAAAUAAUAAAUUAAAAGAUUUUGAAGAGUCUAAAACCGAAAUUCAAAUGCAAUUAAAUAAAAUGAGCAUAGACCAAACAAGAAUUACUAAAGAAUUAAAAGAAAAAGACGCUUACUUCGAAACAUUAGCUAAUAUAGUUUCUCAAAUACGAAAUAAUAUCGAAAGUAUAAAAAGUGUAGAAUUUGACGAUAUAGUCAAUGAUUUUAGUGAUAAUGUUUUGAUGAAAGUUGAUAAAGAAUUUGGUUUUACUAGUACUGAAAUAUUUAAAUUUAUAAUACAACAGAUAAAUGUAAAACAAAGAUCUGAAAUAACAAAAUUAGCCACGGAUAAUGAACAAUUAAAUAAUACUCUUAAACAAAAAGCUGAAGAACUUGAAUGUCUUCAAGAAAAUUUAUCUGCAAUGAAAUUAAAUCUCACUGAAAAAGAAACUAAUCUCGAUUUGCUGCAAAGGCAAAGAGAAAAAAUACAUGAAAUCAGUGCAGCUGUUACUCUAGACAUUGUUACAAGAGAGAAGGUAUUAAAAGACCAAGUUAUUAAAAAUUACGAUAAACUUUUAGAAAGUAAAAUAAUAGCCAACCAAAAUGUAGAUAUGGCAUUACCUGCGAUGGAAAUAAUUAACUUAAUAUUUGAAGAUAUUUUUAAAAAUCAUGAGAAAUUAGGAAUUGAAAAACACGCCCUUGUUUUAAAGAUGAACGAAUUAAAAGAAAUCUUAGCCGUAAAAGAAAAAGAUUUACAAAAACUAAAGGCUGAGUUUGAAGACCUUAACAAAAUGUAUAACAAAAAAGAAAAAGAACACAGCAUUAGUGUAACAACUGUAAACAAAUUAACCGAAGAUAUUUGUACAUUAAAAGCAGACAUUUCAAAUAAAGAUGCCUUGAUUACGUCCUUAAAAAGUAAAUUCGAAGCAGUUAAUAAUAAUAUGCAAUAUGAAGUACAAGUAAGAGAACUUCUUCAAUCAACUGCAACUUUACAACAAGAAAUAGAUAAUUUGAAAUCUAUUAACGAUAUAAUACUAAAAGAAAAGAAAACGUGUGCAGAAGAAUUGGAAAAUGCGACUGCAAUAAUUAGACAGAACAAAAUCGAUUUUGAGAAAUUGACAUCUGAUAUUCUGUUACUUAAGGAUACAAUUAAGAAGAAUUCGAUAGUCACUGAAAAUAUGAAAUUAGAAUCAGAGAGAUUGUUGAAGGAAAAUUCAAUAAUACAAAAUCAAUUAGAAGAAAAAUGUAAAGAAUAUUCUCGCAUGGAAGACAACAUAAAAAAACACCAGAAAACUGCAGAGAUACAAAGCGGAAUUAUAAUAAGAUUAAAAAAACAAAAACAAGAAGAUGAAACACUGUGUCUUGAAAAAAAUAAUCAAAUUGACAAAUUGACCCAAAAUUGCAAGAUACUAGAGACGCGAGGCCAAGAGUUGAAAAAUGAAUUACAAUCGUCUAAAGAAAAAAUUGAGGAGUUAUUAAUCUCCAAACAACAAUUGGAGACGCGUAUAUCUGAAUUAGAAGCGAAUGUCAAUACAAGGCCACGCUUAUCUAUCGAUACCAUGGCAGAUACUACGAGAAGGAGGCGUCAGAGUAUCCAUGACUCUAAACGAUUAUUUUCAGACGAUGAAGAGCAUCUGAAAAUGGAGGCUGUAUUCAAAUCUUGUGGGAAAGUUGAUGACUUAUUUAUGGAUGUUGAUGAAAAUUCUUCUAACAGAAGCACUCCCAUUAGGUUGAGCAGAGGACGCGAUAGUCUCCCUUUGAAUCACGAUCAGGGCGAGCGGGACGACGAGCGGCCCGACCGCGUGCAGGCCGCGCGCCGCCGCCGCCAGAGCGCACACGACCUGCGCCGCGCCGCGCACGACAACUCCCGUGAACCUUCGCAAAACAACAGUAUGGAAAGUGAAGUUACUCAACUAAGGAAACAACUAUCAAGCUGUCAACAAGAGCUGGAAGAGCUAAAGGAUAAAUACAAAGAGUUAGACGAAGAGUGCGAGACAUGUGCUGAAUAUUUGAAAGAACGUGACGAACAGUGUCUACGGUUAAAGAAGGAAAAACUUGCUCUAGAGAAAACGGUUGCUGAUUUAAAAGAAAAAUUAACGAAUAGCAAUCCAAGUGAUAUUACUACAAAUGUAAAAAAAAAUCUAGUUAAUGCUUCAGUUAAAACUGAUGAAGAUUGGGUAAAUCUUCAUUCCGUGGUCGUGGACAGAAUGUCAUAUGACAUGGAAGUAGAAAAGAACAAGAAAUUAAUGAAAACCGUCGAAGAGCUCCGCUUCAACAAGCAAGACCUGAAAAAGACUAUUGCCAAGAUGCAAAAAGCUUUAGAGAAAAAUAAUGUAAAAGACAGUAAGGAAUUGGAGACUAUGAAAGAUGAGCUGUCAGCUUGUAAACAUGAGUUAGAAGAGUUGAAGGUGAAAUACAAGGAGCUCGACGAAGAGUGUGAGACUUGCGCUGAAUAUCUGCGAGAGAGGGACGAGCAGUGUCGGAAGUUGAAGGAAGCUAAAGCUGCUUUAGAGUUAAAAUUACAAGAGUAUCACGACCUUAGCAACAUAACGCAUUCCGUUCGUAAGAAGCGCCAGAAUCUCCACGACAAAAACCGUACCUCCAGCAUUUCGCUCAUUGACGCCGCCACACUCACCGACGACGACUUACUCCAACAACAAGUUGAAAAAAAUACCUCCUCGCUUCGGCCAUCGGAUGAUACGCACGCAGAGAUGAGACGCCUCAAAUCGGCUUUGGAAAAGUUAUCACAGCAGAAAGUUGCAUUAGAACAUCAGCUACUGGUAGCUUCGGCCAACCCACUGUAUGUAGCUACAGGAAGUGCGAUUAUCCAGAACCAACAACUAACCGAUGUUAUGAAAGAAAAUCAAAAACUAAAGAAGAUAAACGCGAAAUUAGUUACCAUUUGUAAGAAACGCGGCAAAGCACAGAUUGACGCUAACAGAGAAAACGAGGAUCCAUUGAACAAUUGAAACGAACUCUUAAUAAUAUUAUUUAAUACUCAAUUUUAUUUCAUUGUUAAAUUUUGUAAUAACAAGAAGCUGGAUUUUUUGUUUUAAUUUUUUAAACGAUCUAAAAUGAUCAUUUCUUUUAAUAAUACCAUUGAAGUUUUCAUUUAGCCUUGCAUAAUAAUAUGUUGAUUCUAAACGAAAAAUUAAAUCUUCAAUAAAAGACUGAAAUGCUAUGACGACAUUCCAUAAGCAUUUACUACUAAUAUAAUAAGGUUGAUAUUGAUCUAAUAAUAUAAUAAUUAAUUAACAUAAAUACAAUUGUAGCAAAACAUGACAUAACCUAAACAAAGUGCAUACAAUACUUUAUGCUACUUGUAAAUGAUUUAUAGUUUAUUACAGUAAUAUGUUAUAGAAUACUCUCUUUUACCGAUCUAUUCAUAAAAUGAGCAAGGACAUUAUUAAUCAACAUUUAUUGUUUGUUUGAAAAUACUAAUCAAUAACUUUUAAAUAUGACUGAAUGUUAAAAAAGUUUUUGGCCAUUUGACUCUGGUGCCAUUUUGAAACACUGAAUAUACUUGUAUAAUAUUGAAACGUACUUAUUGAUACGGGUGCCUGAAUAGUAACUAAACAUAAGUUUUCAGAAUUGUAUAUUUUCAUUAGAUUGUAAAUUUAUAGCUUACAAAGCCUAACGUCCAAAAUUAGUUAGUAUUACUAACAAAGUACCUAUAGAAAAUCGCUUACGAAGUUAAUUCAAAUUAUUAUUAUUAUUUUUUUCAGUUAUAAAAUUAAUUUUAUACUUCAGAAAUAAUUAAUAAAUUAUGCACAAAGCUAUGCCAAAAUAAGAUAAAGCACAUGUAUAUUAUUUGCCUUAACAAUGUUUAUUAAUAAGAAUAUAAUUAAUUUGUUUUUAAAAGAAUGGU